UGUUGGACAGCCAUUGCAGUGUCGUGGCUCAGUAACAACACACGAAAUAGGAGAGGAAGACCUGGCAUCUCGCAGGCUCUCUUUUUUUUGACCGGGAGGCUAAUUUACAUGAGUAUAAGAGCGAACACACUCGUUAAAUUAAUCUACGCCUAAAACGGGAUUCAACAACUCCGGAUAUGUCAUUCCUAUUCGAUUGGAUUUAUAGCGGUUUCAAUAGCGUACUACAGUUUUUAGGACUGUACAAGAAAUCCGGCAAGUUAGUAUUUCUUGGCCUGGACAAUGCUGGCAAAACGACGCUACUGCACAUGCUCAAAGAUGACAGAUUGGGACAGCAUGUGCCAACUUUACAUCCAACCUCUGAAGAGUUGACGAUCGCUGGCAUGACUUUCACCACCUUUGACCUUGGAGGCCACGCACAAGCCCGCAGAGUGUGGAAAAACUACCUCCCUGCUAUUAAUGGCAUUGUCUUCCUUGUGGAUUGUGCGGACCACGCGAGAUUGGCCGAAUCAAAAGCAGAACUUGAUGCAUUAAUGACAGAUGAGACUAUCGGAAAUGUGCCUAUCCUGAUCCUGGGCAACAAGAUCGACAGAUCAGAGGCCAUCAGUGAGGAGAAGCUGAGAGAACUUUUUGGAUUGUACGGACAGACGACAGGCAAGGGUAACAUUCCCAUGAAGGAGCUGAACACAAGACCACUGGAGGUGUUCAUGUGCAGUGUGUUGAAGAGGCAGGGCUACGGUGAGGGCUUCCGCUGGCUCUCCCAGUACAUCGACUAAAGAAGCCAAGCAGCCAUAACAUACCAACAUCACCACCACCAUCGGGGGGGGGGGGCUAAACCCAACCACUCAAGAUGCCCGCCGUUGCCACCAGUACCAUCAUACUCAGCCCCAUGUUUGGUUAAACAAGUCUGCCUCCACCUCCAGAGAAACCAGUACAACUUGAUCCCAAUAGACUUUUAUUGGUCGAACAUUUGGUUCCGCACUUACAGCAUACAUUCAUACCUGUACUCGCACACACACACUCAUUUCCAUCUCUCUUUCUUUUUCUAAGAGAGUAACAUAGCAUUGGUUCUACAGCAAAGGGUGUUCAAAUUCAAACGGAUGAAUCUUUUCUAUAUUGUGUCUGUCGUAUGCUGCCCUCUCUCCCUCCCUUCCAUCUGUUGAGUGUGAUGAUAGAUGCGUUAUAACUGUAAAUCUGUACAUGUAUCAGAAUCCCUGGCGCCUCUUCAACCUCUUCAUCUCAUUCUGAGCAAUGACAGAGAGCAACAUAGUUGUACACAUUGCAGUACACUUUUUUAACAGUAAAGACAUUCAUUCAACAUUGUAUUUAAUCACUGCGUUUUGGUUUGUCCUGAUUUUUCUUUUUCUAUACAUGAUUAAAAAAAAAUAAAAUGUGUGGCCACGUAUACAGUCCUCACUAUAGAUGUGUGGCUGUUUCACCCAUUUAUUAAAAUGGACCAGUGCAUUUAUCUUAGUGAUCCAUUUCUUUAGGUUACUUGGAAUUUAAAAUAAUGUUCCAGACUUCUGUCUUGUGGGCACAGUAGCAUUGAAUGGAUUUAAGUCAACUAGGCUCCCUUUUUUAAAGAGAAGCGAGGGGUGGUAGUAAAGCAAUGGAAGGAGAAUUUUAAUAGAAAAUAAUACCGGCAAUAACCCCAGCGAGGUUUGAUGAAAUCGUGUAGAUAGCACAAUGGUCAGUUGAUGCAAAGAAAACUAUUUAAGUAAAUGAAACUUUUGAAUGAAUAGCUUGAUAACAUGCAGUAAGCGAUGAAGGGAGGAAUAAACAGAUGGUUGUAACAUCUUGUAGUCAUCGAUAUUAAUAGUUCAUCCUACAGAUGUAUUUUGCAGCGCAGACCUUUUUACAGGGUGAAUCUAGUGACCAAGCGUAGAUAACAGAGGACACAAUCCCAUAGUGGGAACAGGUAGAUAGGCCUAAGACACCUCUAAGAAAGGGACCAUGUAUAUAUGAAAUGUACACGAACAUCGUACAUGGAUUUUGUAUUUAUAAGUGGUAUCCUUUGAUCUAUGUGCAUUACCAGAAACUAUUAUGCAUGCCUUGUUCUUUUGAUUUUUAAUGACCAUUAUUCCAGAGGGUACAACAGGAGGGAUGAAAAUGCCAAAAUUUACAAUGAGAGCUGAUUGUCAUGUUUUUUGUUUUUUUUGUUUUUUUGUUUAACGGAAACAAUGGAAUUGCGCGUAAUACACACUUUUUCUGUCCUCGUCCCUUUGUGUCUCUUUCAUUCCCUCAUGACUAUGUGAUGAGCUGUUCCAACAAGGGUGGGACUUGCUGUUGUUUGCAUCAUAAAAAUGUAAUAAAUGUUUGCAAUGAUUAACAGGCUUUAACAAUGA